UAAACACAAUCAGCUGUGCGCCGUGACACAGGACGUUCAUUCAUAGAAAGUGAGAGUGUUUACAUUGCACAAUUGACUUGGAAAAUGGAGUGGUUAAAGAGGAAUUUAUCUAAUAAGGAGGAGGUGGAGGACGGGACGGCGGCGGAGCGCCAGCGGCUGGAGGGCGUCGAGCCGGUGCCGGAGUCCCAGGCGGCGCUGAACGGCCCGGAGCUGGAGUCGGAACAGGAGCGCCGCGAGCGCUGGCGCAGCGUCUACGUCAUCUACUUCACCAUGUUCCAGAUGUCGCUGGGCUUCAGUAUAGUGCUCACCGGGGUCUGGCCUUACCUCGACAAGCUUGAGCCGGGCGCGUCGAAGGAGGUGCUGGGGCUGGCGGUGGGCGCGGCGCCGCUCGGGCAGCUGCUGGCGUCGCCGCUGCUGGGGCUGUGGGCCAACGCGCGCGGCGUGCGGGCGCCGCUGCGCGCCGCGCUCGCGCUCUUCGUGCUCAGCCAGGCGCUGUACGCGCAGCUGCACGCCGCGCGCCCCAGCGCCGCCGCCGCCAUGCUCGCCGCGAGGCUGCUCGUCGGCGUCAGCUCUGCAAGUAUUGCAGUGGCGCGCGCCUAUCUGUCGGCGGCGACCACAGUGUCGGAGAGAACUCGCGCCGUCGCUGCCGUUUCUCUAGCACAGGUGCUGGGUUUCGUGGUGGGCCCGGCGCUGCAGGCGGUGGCGGCGCCGCUGGGCGCAGGCGCGCCGUACGCGCCGGUCGGCCAGCUCGACCUGCGCCCGCGCCUCGACAUGUAUACUGCGCCGGCGUGGCUGAACGCUGCGCUCGGAGCAUUGAAUCUCGCUCUGUUACUGCCGUGCAGCUUCAAGGAGAGGAAGAUAGCGGCGAGAGAAGCCAUGCUGGCUCAUGGGAAGGGAUCUGAGGCGGAGGCGUUGAAGGCGCUGCGGCCGGACCGCGUGAGCAGCUGGACGCUGGUGUUCGCGUUCUUCGUGCUCAACUUCAGCUUCGUGCUGCUGGAGACGCUCGCCACGCCGCUCACCAUGGACCAGUUCGCGUGGUCCAAGGCGCAGGCGCUCAAGUACAUGGGCGCCCUCAUGUCGGCGGGAGCGGUGUUGGCGUGCGCCACGUUCGCGCUCAUAACGCCGCUCACUAAACUCUUUCAGGAGCGGGCGGUCCUGCUCUGGGGCGGCUUCCUGCUCGUGGGGCUGGCCUCGGUGCUGUGCAUCCCCUGGGGCCCGGGCCCGCCGCCGCCGGCGCCGCGCAACAGCACGGAGGCGGGCGGCGGCUGCCCGGCGCUCCGCCAGCCCUGGUGCGAGACCUCGCGCGCGCUCACCGUGCCGCAGUUCCUGCUCGGGUACACGGCGGUCUCCAUCGGGUACCCGCUGGGCGUGACGCUCAUACAGACGAUAUUCUCCAAGGUGCUGGGGCCCAGGCCGCAGGGCGUGUGGCAGGGCGUGCUGACGGGCGCGGGCUGCGUGGCGCGCGCGCUGGGCCCGGCGUGCGUGGCGCUGCUGUACGCGCGGCACGGGCCCGACGCGGCGUUCGGCGCCACGGCCGCGCUCACGCUCGCCACGCUGGCGGGGCUCCGCGCGCUGUACGGCCGGCUCCAGCCGCCCGCGCCGCCCGCGCCGCCCCGGCUCCCCUUGCGGCCGCUCGACGGCACCAAGGACCCGGACUCGUGA